AUGCAGGCGCGCGCGCUGCUGCUGGCCGCGCUGGCCGCGCUGACCGCGCUGGCGCCCGCCCAGGAGCCCCCGGCGGCGCCAUGCCCCGCGCGCUGCGACGUGUCGCGGUGCCCGAGCCCGCGCUGCCCCGGCGGCUACGCCCCGGACCGCUGCCAGUGCUGCCUGGUGUGCGCGGCCGCCGAGGGCGAGGCCUGCGGGCGCCCCUCGGACCCGCCGUGCGGGGAGAGCCUGGAGUGCCGGCGCGGCGCGUGCCGCUGCCGCUGGGCGCAGCCGGUGUGCGGGAACGACGGCAGCACCUACACCACCCUGUGCGCGCUGCUGGCCGCCAGCCGCCGCGCCCUGCUGCUCUCGCGGCCGCCCGUCCGCCAGCUGCACAAGGGCGCCUGCUCCUCGGGUGCCCUCCAGCCCGGCAGCCCGCGCUACAAGUUCAACUUCAUCGCUGACGUCGUGGACAAAAUUGCGCCAGCUGUUGUGCAUGUGGAGCUGUUCCUGAGACACCCGCUGUUUGGCCACAAUGCACCGGUGACCAGCGGCUCCGGCUUCCUGGUGUCAGACAAUGGGCUCAUCGUGACCAACGCACACGUGGUGAGCACCAGCAACUCCGUGUCGGGCCGGCAGCAGCUGAAGGUGCAGCUGCAGAGUGGGGACACGUACGAUGCCACCAUCCAGCACAUAGAUGAGAAGGCCGACAUCGCCACUCUCAAGAUCCACCCCAACAGAAAGCUUCCGGCGCUGCUGUUGGGCAGCUCAGCGGACCUGCGGCCAGGGGAGUUCGUGGUGGCCAUCGGCAGCCCCUUUGCCCUGCAGAACUCGGUGACCACAGGCAUCGUCAGCACCAACCAGCGGGACGGCCGGGAGCUGGGCCUGCCCGAUUCGGACAUGGACUACAUCCAGACGGAUGCCAUCAUCAACUAUGGGAACUCGGGGGGUCCCCUGGUGAACCUGGACGGUGAGGUCAUCGGCAUCAACACGCUCAAGGUGGCAGCCGGCAUCUCCUUUGCCAUUCCCUCGGACCGCAUCAUGCUCUUCCUGGCCGAGGCCCAGAACAAGCAGGGCAAAGACUGGAAGAAGCGCUUCAUUGGCAUCCGCAUGCGAGCCAUCACCCCAAGCUUGGUGGAGGAGCUCAGGACCAGCAACCCGGACUUCCCUGCUGUCAGCAGCGGCAUCUACGUGCAGGAGGUGUCUCCUGACUCCCCUUCCGGCAGGGCGGGCAUCCAGGAUGGCGACCUGAUCGUCAAGGUGAAUGGGCGCACCCUGGGGGACCCGAGUGAGCUGCAGGAGGCGGUACUGAGCGAGGAGCGCCUCCUGCUGGAGGUGCGGCGCGGCAACGAGGACCUGCUCUUCAGCAUCAUGCCCGACGUGGUCCUGUGACGCCUCCCAGAUCCGUGAGCUGAGGACAAAGCAGAGACAGAGCUGGCCCAGCCCCGGGGACCGUUCCGCCGGAUGUGGCAGGCCCCCCUGCUAGGCCCUGGGAUCCAGCCCCCAUGGCGGUGCCUGUGAGGACGGCCCCCCGCCCAGGCCACCCCGAGUUCUCGGGAUUAUGCCCAGCCCACCUGGCCCUCAUUCCUCCCGCAGAUGCCUGCUGAGCUGUGCCCCUGCCCACCGGCACCCUGGCACCCAUUCCCAUGGCUGGGCCAGCCGAGACGGGGCUGCGUGGACAGAGAUGAGGGUCCCAGAGCAGCGGGAAGUUUUGGGGGUGUGUCUGCUCGGAUUGUAUGUUUCUCUACUGUACAGAAUUAAAGUUUACAGAUGCA